AUGGUCAGUAACUACUAUGUCCACUUCGAAGCCCUGAUCUACAAGCUUGUCCCCCUUUACGCGUUGGACAAAAUCGUCGGUCUCGCCAUGCUCGUGGCCGCUUCUGUCGUCUUCACGUACUACACCAUCUGGGCUCUUCUUAUGCCCUUUGUCGACGACGAUCACCCUCUCCAGAACUUCUUCCCUCCCCGCGUGUGGGCUAUUCGCAUCCCCGUCAUCAUCAUCCUCCUCGGCUCCGCUGUUGUUGGCUCGUUCCUUGGCAUGGUCAUGAUUCGGAGCAACCAGAAGAAGGCUGCAAAGGCCAAGGCUGCUGCUAAGAAGGCCAAUUAG